UCAAGGUGAACGUCUCUGUCUGGUCUGGCCUCUCCUUUGUUUCAGCAUGGACCUGCCUUCAGUUUUACUAUGUAUACUUCUGGAACUCCUUGCUGUGAGCUGCCAGGAGCUACAAGGGCGUAUAGUGGGAGGAUAUGCCCCUGCACCCCAUUCCAUCAAAUACCUUGUAUCAAUACAGUCAACUAGAGGACAUCACUUUUGUGGAGGAUCCUUGAUAAAUAAAUACUGGGUGCUCACAGCAGCACAUUGUACUAUAGGGGUGGAACAAAUUAUGAUAGUAGCAGGAGACUAUUCAGUAAGCAUGUAUGAAGGGACCGAACAGUUCUUCAUACCCCAGCUCUUAAUACCCCACCCCCAGUACAACAAGAUUACGAACAACGCAGAUAUUAUGCUUAUCAAGCUGAAAGCUCCAGUGUACCUGAAUAGCUAUGUGUCCAUCGCUCCGCUGCCCCGCCAGAGUGCCUCGGUGGCAGAGGGGCAGUUGUGCAGGGUGUCAGGCUGGGGGUUCACCAGCUCUAGUGGGGGACAGAUACCCUCCUCCCUGCGCACCGUCAAACUUCCCAUCGUCUCCACAGCCAAAUGCAACAGCAGUGAGUCUUUCAAUGGGAACAUCACAUCCAACAUGAUCUGUGCAGGCUACAGCGCUGGCAGAAAGGACGCGUGUAAGGGAGAUUCUGGGGGCCCACUGGUGUGUGAAGGUCGGAUCUAUGGUGUGGUUUCCUGGGGGAUGGGCUGUGCCGAUGCCAAGUACCCAGGAGUCUACACUGCUGUGUCAAAGUAUCGAAGGUGGAUAGACCGGACCAUAUUCAGCUACUACGGACACUGCAGCAAGUAUUAGAAUCAAGUGUUUCUGUCUGAAACACUACCCUUAUCUUGAACUUGAAACAUUUCAGAGAGCUUGAUGUGAAACAUGGGGAUAAAAAAGUCUCCCAGUUUCAUGUAGUUUUUCAUUACUUUUAUUUGUGUAUAUUAAUCAGAUUUAUAAAAAAUAGAUAGAAACAUAGAUAAUGGACCAUUCCCAACAUGUUCUUGCAGUACUGUAUGUUGCUACUUGUAGUCCCCUAGCAAUGCUAUUCCACAAAGCAACAUGAAGAACAACUGAUAAAAUAUAAAUAAUGUCAACAAUAAAACAUUUAUUUAACAAGAGAUGUAAUGCCAAGUUAACAUGGUUUAGUUUAUAUGAAGACCAGUGUUAUCAACCAGACACUAAUGCAUAAAGCAUAAACUUGAAUCAAGCAACUUCAAGUCUGAGUGGUGAGUGCAUGUAUAUUUAGACGACAUAGAAUAGUUAAAUAAUUGUGAAAUUGUAAGUGUGUUGUAAAAAAAUGAAGUGAACUGUAUGUUUUCCUUGUUUUAUAUAAUACAUCACUACCAAUUCAA